AUCCGCUCUUACCAAACUCAUCACCAGUCUACUCUUCCUCCGAUCGCUCAACCAUGCAGUUCUCUAUCAAGACCGUUGUCUUCGCCCUCGCCGUCUUCAUUUCCUCCGCCGCCGCGGCUGCAGAGGAAAAACGCUGGGGUGCGCCCGAGUGCAAGCCUCUCGCCCAGUCUUGCGCUGUCAACAGCGAGUGCUGCGCUGAUAACUGCGUCGCCGGGAGAUCGCUUUCUAAGUCUUUGCGAUGCAUAUGGGCGGUGGUAAGUAUACGUGGCGUGGCGCCGAAGGCUGAAGACACGUACUUCAAGCCUCAGCCAGAAAUGCCUUACUUCCUUGAAGCUCUCGAUCGGUCAUGGCAGAGCGCUGUAGGAUGGUUGGUGUUCCGACGUGUACCUUUGUCCAUCGUAUUGUCCAUCAGAAAACUCGAUUAUCCAUUGUCCGCAUCAAACCCCAACGUUUUCCGUCAGUUGGGCGCCGCCGCCACGCCCAACUCUGAUUCGGGCUUCAAGCCUAUAGUUCUGUACGAUAUCCCGGGUAAUGCUUCGCCGGAUGUGUGCUGGUCUCCUAAUGUCUGGAAAGUUCGAUUUGCACUAAACGUGAAACGCAUCCCGCACAUCACCCACUGGGUCCACUUCCCCUCCAUCGCCUCCACCUGCCUCUCCCUCUCUCCUCCCGCUCCCCCGACAUCGACAAACCCAGACGGAACGCCACACUACACCGUCCCCAUCAUUCACGAUCCGAACACGAACACGACCGUCAGCGAGAGCAUUAAUAUCGCCGUGUAUCUGGAUAAAACGUAUCCCAGUCCACCCGGUUCCUCCGCAUCCACAGGAAGCUCAUACGAUGGAGACGGAGAAACAACGACUCUGGAUAGAACUCCGAUCCUCGUCCCACACGGAACGAUCGCUCUCCAAACCCUAUUCAUAAGAACACUUCUCGAAAAAGUAACCCCAAUCAUGCCGCUCGUCUUACCCGCCAUAAUCCUCCAACUCCCCGAACCAAGUCGAUCAUACUACCGCGCACGCCGAGAAAAACAGUUUGGGAAGAAGAUGGAAGAGUUUUUGCCUCCGAUUGAUUCGGUGGCGGGGAAGACAACGAGGGAGGCGUUGGUUGCGAGGACGGUGAAGGGGUUGAACGAAGUAGAUGGAUGGAUGAAGGCGAAUGAAUAUGGUCUUGCGAAAGGUAUGGAGAUGGACAAUGAUGAGGAUACUGGUAAGGGAAGCUUAUUCGUGAUGGGCGGGUCGGAGCCAUGUUUCGCUGAUCUGGUGAUUGUGGCGUUGUUGGCUUCUUUGAAGAGAAUGGUCGGAGAUGGGAGUGAGGUGUGGGAGAGUUUGAUGGGUGCGAGUGGGGGUAGGUGGAGGAGGAUGGUGGAGGUGUGUAGGAAGUGGGAAGUAGUUGAUGAGGAGGGAAUUAUGGCGUGGAGGGACGGCGAAGGGAAGAGGUAG